AGGGCCACGCCCCUUCUGCCGACGUCACCCGGGGUCCGCAUCUGCUGCAGUCGCUGCGGGAGGAGCAAGCGCGGCAGAGAUGGCAUCGGCUACCGACUCCCGCUAUGGGCAGAAGGAAUCCUCGGACCAGAACUUCGACUACAUGUUCAAGAUCCUGAUCAUCGGGAACAGCAGCGUCGGGAAAACCUCCUUCCUGUUCCGGUACGCCGACGACUCCUUCACGCCCGCCUUCGUCAGCACCGUCGGCAUCGACUUCAAGGUCAAGACCAUCUACCGGAACGACAAGCGCAUCAAGCUGCAGAUCUGGGACACGGCCGGGCAGGAGCGGUACCGCACCAUCACCACCGCCUACUACCGCGGGGCCAUGGGCUUCAUCCUCAUGUACGACAUCACCAACGAGGAGUCCUUCAACGCCGUGCAGGACUGGUCCACCCAGAUCAAGACCUACUCCUGGGACAACGCCCAGGUGCUGCUGGUGGGGAACAAGUGUGACAUGGAGGACGAGCGUGUGGUGUCCUCGGAGAAGGGCCGCCAGCUCGCCGAGCACCUGGGGUUUGAGUUUUUCGAGGCCAGUGCCAAGGACAACAUCAACGUGAAGCAGACCUUCGAGCGGCUGGUGGACAUCAUCUGCGAGAAGAUGUCGGAGUCGCUGGACACGGCCGACCCCGCCGUCACCGGAGCCAAGCAGGGCCCCCAGCUCACGGACCAGCAGGCCCCUCCCCACCAGGACUGUGCCUGCUAGGGGCCAGCCACCCACCCUACUCCAAACCCCCCCAAAAACCGGUCAGUGCACCCCCCCCAACCUCCACCCCCUCCCCUCAGCCCCUCCUCUUGGGGAUCCCGCGGGGGAUUUGCUGCUGAUAUCUCCGAAAGGGCUGCGGCCCCUUUAGGAGCCCCCCCAGUUCAUUAGGCUGUGCCCCCCCCCUCCCCCUUAAUUUAUUUUGAAGCCUGGGCUGGUAGAAAACUCCCCUCGUUCUGCUUUUAAUCACUGUCCAAGGAACUGUCGCCCCCAGCCCUUCCCCGAGAACCCUCCCUUCCCUGGGGGACCCCCUGCCCUGGGGAUUCCCUUCCCUGGAGGCCACCCCUUCCCUGAGAAACUCCUGCCCUGAGGACCCCCAAUCCCUCGGGACCCCCUUCCCUGGGGGAUCCCCUUGUCCUGGGGACCCCUCUGACCCUGGGACCCACUGCCCUGGGAGACCCUCCUGCCCUGAGAAGCCCCUUCCCUGGGGACCCUGUUCCCUGGGAACCCCCUUCCCUGGCCACUCCCUUACCCGAGAACCUCCUUUCCCAGGGGAUCCCCUUCCCUGGGAGACACCCCCCCUACCUUGAGACCCCCAGGGUGUGGCUGCUUCCCCAGGACCCCCAAACCCCCUCUCCCUCUCUUCCUCCCUCCCCAGCCUGGCAUUGCUCCCCUCCUUUCCCCCCCUCCAAGAGCUCCCGGAAGGGGAUGAAGCUCUUUUGUUCCCGGCUUUUCCUGCCCCUCCAGCUGGAUGGAUAUUUCCUGACUCUUGUUUAUUUGUAUAAAUAGAUGCUAAUUUAUGCUCCCGCCGUCUUCCUCCUUGUACAUACAGAGAUUCCUUGUAAAUAGGCGUAGGAAGUGACGCUGUGACCUGCUGUGCUGUGGCCGUGGUGGUGCAUUUAUAUAUAUAUAUAUAUAUAUUGAUUUUUUUUUCUCUCUUUUUGUUGUUAUUUCUCUUUUUUUUUUUUUUUUUUUUGUGUGUGGUAACCUUGCUUGUGAAUAUCACUUUUAAAAAAAACAAACAAACAAAAACAAAAACACAAAACAAAACCUCUUAUUAUUUAAAAGAUUUAAAGGAAAAAAACCGAAUUCAUUUAAGUACAUCAGCGAGGCCAAGCGACCUGGAGAGAAUCAGCCCCCUGGGGGGAAAGGGAGGUUAGGGAUGGGCUCGUGGUGGGAGGCAAGCAGAGAGUUGCUGGUUCGCUCCAGGGGUUUGGGAAUCUCGUGUUCCUGUGGUACUGUGCUUCUGUGGAGACUGUGAAUAAGUGGAUAUUCCCGUAGCAAUGACAGAGCUGCCCUUUAUUUAUUUUUCUUGGAGCGCCGUGUCUUUGAUUUCACAGGGUUUUCUUUUUUUCCCCCUUUCCCCACCCCCUCUAUUCCAUCUUCCUCCCUUUUCCUCCCUCCUCGUCCUCUUUUUUGUGAAGUUUACUUAUGGAAGAGUUACACUGUACUGUACAAAUGUCAAAAGUGUCAAAAAAAAAAAAAAAAGGAAAAAAAAAAAAAAAAGGGUACAAUUUCCUAAAAAUCACUGUAUUAAAAAAGAAAUGUCGUGACGAAAUAAAUCGAUGCUGAUCACA